GGUGUGGACCUGAGCCGCGUUCUGAAUGAGAUGCGCGACCAGUAUGAGAAGAUGGCGGAGAAGAACCGCAAAGAUGCCGAGGACUGGUUCUUCUCCAAGACGGAGGAGCUGAACCGCGAGGUGGCCACCAACAGCGAGCUGGUGCAGAGUGGCAAGAGCGAGAUCUCCGAGCUCCGGCGCACAGUGCAGAACCUGGAGAUUGAGUUGCAGUCCCAGCUCAGCAUGAAAGCAUCCCUGGAGAACAGCCUGGAGGAGACCAAAGGCCGCUACUGCAUGCAGCUGGCCCAGAUUCAGGAGAUGAUCAGCAGCGUGGAGGAGCAGUUGGCCCAGCUGCGCUGCGAGAUGGAGCAGCAGAACCAGGAGUACAAGAUCCUUCUGGAUGUGAAGACGCGGCUGGAGCAGGAGAUCGCCACUUACCGCCGCCUUCUGGAGGGCGAGGACGCCCACCUCUCCUCCUCCCAGUUCUCCUCUGGCUCGCAGUCAUCCAGGGAUGUGACCUCCAGCCGCCAGAUCCGCACCAAGGUCAUGGAUGUGCACGAUGGCAAGGUGGUGUCCACCCACGAGCAGGUCCUCCGCACCAAGAACUGAGGUUUCCCGGCACUGCUCAGGCCUAGGAGGCCCCCUGUGUGAACACAGAUCCCGCUCGGGGAGUCCCCUCUCCUGUCCCCCAAGCACCUCACGCCCGGGCCUGACUCACCCUUCACCCCUCCUGGCAAUCAAUACAACUUCAUUGUCUGAGUUGCA